ACCACUGUGCUAAAAUGGCAUUAAUUUAAAAUGCUAAAAAAAGAAUCAUUUUUAAACUUAAAAUCUUUGCAAAAACAUAACAAACAAAGCAAACCAAAUAGCUCUUCUUCUUGCUGCCAUUUGCACUUCAACCUCAAAAGCUUUCCACCACUCUUUCUACUUCAACCACAUAGAUACAUCAUGACCACCAUUAAUGGAGCUUAGCUACAGUUCAAAUAUUUAACUUAAACCUUGUUGUAGAAUCUCACAUCGCUCACUCACCGACUAUCAUCGGGCGGCUUGGUACCACCGGUUAGCCGACGGCCGAUCAUCAUCUUAUCACACGCACACAAUGAUGAAGCUGUAAGUUUGACUUGGUUUUCAAAACACUAUUUUUACACUAAAAGAAGCAUAUCUGAAAUCCAUCUUUUUUGGUGUAGUGGUAUCACAUGCAUGGUUUCAAAACAUUGGUGUGAAAUUUAAGUAUCCUCCACCAUUUCCACAGAAACCUCCUUCUUCACAUGCAUGUUGUCUCCUAGUUUUGGACUUUCACCACCACCACAACAACAAGAACCAGAGAAAGAUUCUCCAUUUUCAAUCCUCAUUUCUUAACAACAAACCAGUUUUCACCAUCAGCAAAACUCGACAUUGACUAUUUUUCAUUUUUGUUUCCCCAUAAACACCAAACAUGGAAAAACUCACCCAUUUCCAUACCACCACCGCUUCUUCUUAUUCUUCUCUGUUUAAUAUCUUUUCCUUGUUCUUGUUCUGUUUAAUAACUCUCUGUCUUUCUUCUUCUUCUUCUUCUUCUUCAUCUCUGUCUUCUGAUGGAGAAGCUCUUCUUUCCCUUCUUUCUUCUGUUGAUCCUUCUGUUAAAGAAACCUCCUCUGUUCUUUCCUCAUGGAACCCAUCAAGCUCAACACCAUGUUCAUGGCAAGGGAUUACUUGCUCUCCACAAAACAGAGUCAUUUCCCUUUCUCUGCCAAACAUUUUCCUCAACCUUUCCUCUCUUCCUUCUCAGCUCUCUUCCCUCUCAUCUCUGCAACUUCUUAACCUCUCAUCCACCAAUGUCUCUGGUGCUAUUCCACCAUCUUUUGGCCAACUCACUAAUCUUCGUGUUCUCGACCUCUCUUCCAAUUCCCUUUUCGGUUCCAUUCCUUCAGAGCUCGGGAAUCUCGUCUCUCUUCAGUUCCUUUUCUUGGACUCCAACAGAUUGUCUGGUAGGAUACCUCCGCAGCUCUCAAACCUCACUUCAUUGCAAGUUCUUUGUCUGCAAGACAAUCUCAUAAACGGUUCAAUACCAUCGCAAUUAGGCUCUUUGCUUUCUCUCCAACAGUUUCGUGUCGGUGGCAAUCCAUAUCUAACCGGAGAGAUUCCAUCACAGUUAGGAUCGCUGACUAAUCUUACUACAUUUGGCGCUGCUGCAACUGGACUUUCCGGUGUGAUUCCAGCAACAUUUGGGAAGUUGAUCAAUCUCCAAACAUUGGCUCUUUAUGAUACCGACGUUUUCGGUUCGAUACCGCCUGAGCUUGGACUGUGUUUGGAGAUGAGGAAUUUGUAUUUGCAUAUGAACAAGCUCACUGGUUCAAUACCUUCUCAACUGGGUAAGUUGCAGAAAUUAACCAGCUUGCUUCUUUGGGGGAAUUCAUUGUCUGGUAAAAUACCUCCAGAGAUUUCGAACAUUUCUUCACUUGUUGUUCUCGAUGUCUCUGCUAAUGAUCUUUCUGGUGAGAUUCCUGGUGAUUUGGGAAAGCUAGUUGUUCUUGAACAGCUUCAUCUUUCAGACAAUUUGCUUACAGGAAGUAUUCCAUGGCAGUUGAGUAACUGUACAAGCUUGACCGCUCUUCAGCUUGAUAAGAAUCAAUUAACAGGUACAAUUCCAUGGCAGGUUGGUGAAUUGAAGUACCUGCAGAAUUUCUUUUUGUGGGGGAAUUCUGUUUCUGGUACCAUACCAUCAUCGUUUGGAAACUGCUCUGAGCUCUAUGCGCUUGAUCUUUCAAGGAACAAGCUUACCGGAUCAAUCCCGGAAGAGAUUUUCGGUUUGAAGAAGCUGAGCAAGCUUCUUCUUCUUGGGAAUUCAUUAUCCGGAGAAUUACCAAAAAGUGUCUCAAAUUGUCAAUCACUAGUCAGGUUGAGGCUAGGAGAGAAUCAACUUUCUGGUCAAAUCCCAAAAGAGAUUGGUCAACUAGAAAAUCUUGUUUUCCUUGAUUUGUACAUGAAUCGUUUCUCUGGUGGACUUCCUCCUGAGAUUGCCAACAUCACAGUUCUUGAGCUAUUGGAUGUUCAUAACAACUAUAUAAGUGGAGAAAUUCCUUCACAGCUUGGAGAGCUUGUGAAUUUGGAGCAGCUUGAUCUUAGCAGGAACAGCUUCAGUGGUAGCAUUCCAUGGAGCUUUGGAAAUUUCAGUUACUUGAACAAGCUCAUCCUCAACAAUAACUUACUCACGGGUUCAAUACCAAAAUCUAUUCGAAGCUUGCAGAAGCUUACUCUGCUUGAUUUGAGCUUCAAUAACCUUUCUGGUGAAAUCCCACCUGAGAUUGGUUAUGUGACAAGCUUGACAAUCAGUUUGGAUUUGAGCUCAAAUGGAUUUACUGGUGAAAUCCCCGAGACAUUUUCUGAUUUGAAGCAAUUACAGUCCCUUGAUCUUUCUCAUAACAUUUUAUUUGGAAGAAUCAAGGUUCUUGGUUCCUUAACUAGUCUCACUUCUCUUAAUAUCUCCUACAACAAUUUCUCGGGUCCUAUUCCGGUUACACCAUUUUUCAGAACCAUAUCUUCCGAUUCAUAUCUGCAGAACCCAAAACUUUGUCAAUCUGUUGAUGGUUCUACUUGUUCUUCAAGUCUAACGCAAAAGAAUGGAUUGAAAUCUGCAAAAACCGUGGCAAUAAUAUCUGUGAUUCUGACUUCAGUUACCAUAGCGGUUCUUGCUUCAUGGAUUCUUGUUGUGAGGAAUCAUAGGUAUAUGGUAGAGAAAUCUUCAACAAACGCAGCUUCUUCACCAGGAGCUGAGGAUUUCUCUUAUCCUUGGACUUUCAUACCAUUUCAAAAGCUCAGUUUCUCCAUUGAUAACAUCCUGGAUUGCUUGAAAGACGAAAACGUGAUUGGGAAAGGUUGUUCUGGAGUAGUCUACAAGGCAGAAAUGCCUAAUGGUGAAUUGAUUGCUGUUAAAAAGCUGUGGAAGACGAAACAAGAUGAAGAACCCAUCGAUUCAUUUACAGCAGAGAUUCAAAUUCUUGGUCACAUCCGCCAUAGGAACAUUGUUAAGCUCAUAGGGUAUUGUUCAAAUAAAAGCAUCAAGCUUCUUCUCUACAACUACAUUUCAAAUGGUAACCUACAACAGCUAUUGCAAGGGAAUAGAAACUUGGAUUGGGAAACAAGGUAUAAAAUUGCAGUUGGUUCAGCUCAAGGUCUAGCUUAUCUUCAUCAUGAUUGUGUCCCAGCUAUUCUUCAUAGAGAUGUCAAAUGCAAUAACAUACUUCUAGAUUCCAAGUAUGAAGCUUAUCUUGCAGAUUUUGGCCUUGCAAAGUUGAUGAAUUCUCCAAAUUACCAUCAUGCAAUGUCCAGAGUAGCUGGCUCCUACGGUUAUAUUGCCCCAGAAUAUGGCUACACAAUGAACAUAACAGAGAAGAGUGAUGUCUACAGUUAUGGUGUGGUGUUGCUGGAGAUACUAAGCGGUCGAAGCGCAGUUGAGUCUCAAUUAGGAGAUGGUCUGCAUAUUGUUGAAUGGGUGAAGAAAAAGAUGGGAAGUUUUGAACCAGCUGUAUCGAUACUCGAUACGAAACUCCAAGGUUUGCCUGAUCAAAUGGUGCAAGAGAUGCUUCAGACGCUUGGAAUAGCUAUGUUUUGUGUAAACUCUUCACCCACCGAACGGCCUACCAUGAAGGAAGUUGUGGCAUUGUUAAUGGAGGUUAAGAGUCCACCUGAGGAAUGGGGAAAAACUUCACAACCACUAAUAAAACAGUCCUCAAAUCAAGGUUGAUUUUCUAUCAUUGAGAUAAUAAAGAAAAAAAAGAAUAGAAAAGAAGACUUUAGUAGUGAUUGAUUUUCUAUCUUUGAUAAAAGGGGGAAAAAAAUGGUAUUAUCAUGGAAAAUGUGGAGAAGUUUUAGUAAUUUCUUGAGUUGGGAUGAUGAUGGUGAUGGUAGGUUUGUUUGUACAGUUCUAAGCAUCAAUGUAGUUCAUCUUCUUCAUGUU